CGUCUGAUCGAGCGUGGAGCAUUUGAAACUUCGUGAAAUCGACGUUGAGCUUGAGUGGACAGACGGGAAAACCGUGAUUUCGAAUGUCGAACGCCUCACGAAGAACGGCUAGACUCCUCAAGGAGACGACGGCUCUGAGUGAUGAGCCUCCCCCCGACGAAGACGUUCGAACUUUCGCGGAACACAUAGGCAUCAGGCUGCCCGCGGAGGAUGAUCUCUUGUGGAUAGCGCAAUGUGCACUCAAAGCUGCGCUUCCUCCCCCAUGGAUGCCCGUCGAGGAUUCCGAAGGUCGAGUUUACUAUUACAACACGGUGACGCAGGAGUCAUGUUGGGAGCAUCCGUUGGACACCUACUACAAAAUGCUCGUGAAACAAGAGCGUUUCAAAAUGAUCACGAAAGCUACGAGUCAACGUCAGCAGCGAAAUUCCGAGGACAGUGGGACAUCACUGAUGUCUUCGCUGGACGACGUACCACCCUUGUCGACGGCCACGUCGGCCAAAGAAUCGGAUAGUGUUUUUCACAUGUCCCUUCGACGGAAACCAACUCCACACAAAAGCAAGAGCAGAUCUUGUCCGUCGGGCCUAAAUCGGACCUCAAGAAAAAAACAAGCCGUGCUAAUAUCUGAGAAUCAAAGUUCGACUGUGAAGAUUCGCGAAGAGGCCUACGUUGUGAAGGAGCUCGUGCUGCAGAAGAAGCAGCUAAUGGCCGAAUUGAACAAGCUCAAAAAUGAGGUUCGAAAGUAUCAGUUCAUUCGUGAGCGGAUAAAAUUUUCGCCCCAGUCGGAGUUACCCAAGAGCUCUCUGAUUUACUCCCUGGGUCGUCAAGACGGAGGUUGCCAAACGGAUGUCUCGAUGGGGGCUUCAACUCCCAAACCUCGCAAUAGAAAAUCGUUCUCUUCCUCAAAUUCUGUUUCGCCUAUGAUCAAUGCUUAUUCUACACUGCCAACGACCAAACAGGAGCAUCAAGCCAGGGUAUCACACGACGAUCUGCUCAGGAUUAGUGAGAGAGUUGAUCAAUUGAGGCAGCGACAUACCGAAAUCGCGCUCAAGGCCGUCAAAGAAGUGCUGGAGGAUCCGAUCCCAGGCGACCACGUACCUUACGCAAGCCACGGAAGUCCUACGCCGAACUACCCUAUUCAAAGCGGUCAAAUGCUUGAGCCACCUCUGGAUUUCCGUUCGAUUAACGUCUCCAAUGUGCAUCCGGUGGCGACGUCGACGUCCUCAGGAGCGGCGGCCGGCUACCCACGUUUAGUUAUGCAACCGGGUCAGCAGAUGACCUCUCAGGAAGAGUGGGUACGCCGGCUGGUCAAACUCCGCUGCGGAAUCAAUGAGUGUAAGCUGAAACAACUCGCUAUAAAGUGA